AUGUCACCCAAUCCUAUCCAAAAACAAACAACUAAGAAGUCUGAGAGAGCGAGUCUACCACCAGAGGUAGCAAAGCCAAUGGCUUAUCUAAACGCAGUGAAGAAGUCAUUAAGGAUCUUGAUGAUGGAAACGCUGACGCCAUGGAAAUCGACUCUGAUCCUAAAGAGAAGGAAGAGCAAGGACGAUGAUGAGGAUAGCUUACAAAAGUAUGCUGAAUCAGUAUCGGACGAAGACAUGGUCAUUGAGAAGAUCAUUUUCAAAAGGCCACCGAUGCCUCUUGGUUCAGAAAUUUCUUCGGGCAAGAUUGGCCCAAACACGCCCUAUGUUAUGCGUUCUUAUUGUCAGCAAGAAGCUGAUAAGUGCGACCGACAGAUGAAGGCCGCUAUUGCUGCUAGUGAUGACAAGUCUUUCGACGAGUUAUUGUCUAAGCAGAAAGAAAGAUGGUUGCUGAAGAGCAGCAUUUUCUUGAGGAUGAUGGAGUUGGUCCUUCGUCAUCCAAGGGCAAAAUCUCAAGGCAAGAAGGCUUUGAAAGAUAUCGUUCACUUGCCUACCGUUCAAGAAGGAUGUGCCACCCUUGCAGAUUCAAGGUGA